AUAGCACAAUUGUCGGCUCGGAGUCGACAUCUCAUUGAGUCGGCGCGUGAUCAGACCUACGCCGGUCUAGAGGCAUAUUGCGCCCAGGUUUGGCCACAUACUCCACAUGGUCGGAUGGGUCGACUUCUGCUGCGAUUACCUGCUUUGCGCCGUCUCUCGCAUUGUCUUCGUCUCCGACUCCCACUCCCUGCACCCGGAGACACCACUCGGCGUGAUGAUGCUGGAAAGAAAAGAGUGGUACAACCUCAAGAUUCUAGACAUCCUGCCCCCUUAGAAACGGGAAUACCAGCCGCUCCUCAGCAGCAGACACUACUACAGGGAUCCACUCUCGGUGACAGACUGCACGCAGCUGUUCUCGCUUACUUAACUCAAGUAUUUUUGAAGCUUGAUGAUGCUGCUACUGGAAAUUCUUUCUCUGAGAAAACAAGUGAUAAAGAUGAUGAAUCACAACUGGUGGAAGAGGCGUAUGAUAACGGCGACCAGAGUGAGGAUGAGACUGAUGAGAGUGUUUGCACCGAAGAAAAUGAAGGGCAUUCUGACGAGGAGGACGAGGAGAGAACAAAUAUCGAUGAUAACAGUAACUUUGACAAGAAGCGACCUGGCGCUAGCUACGAAACAAAAGUGGGAAUAGCAAAUAUUACAAGACCAAUAAAGGCUUGGAAGAGUCUUGAUCAACUCUGUGAGACUCAUAUUAAACAAGAAGAUGUUGGAUGGUCUUUGAAUAAGAAAAUGGCAGAAAUGACAGCCGAUCACAUACUUUCUGAUGGCCUGUUCGUCGAUCCGACUCAUAACAAAUUUGAUGUUGUACCCACGAGCACCUCAAAUGGGACAAGAGGAGUAAUUGCUGGUUCCAAAAAAACCGGUGUUGCAGACUCGAAUUUUGUAUCUUCGUCAGCAGCGAUCAUCGAAGAAUCGGAGGAUAGGGAAGAUGAUAAAAGGCACAAAGCUGGUAUGGGCGACGACCUGGCUUGCUUGCUCUCAGACUCUGAGGCCUGUGGUGAUAUGCCUCAGGUGACAGAAGUCUCACCACAAGUUGUAGCUACGCCAUCGGUUGUCAACACUCCAUUGGCUACAGUCGAUGAUUCUGCUGGCGGUAUAACCUCGUUAUCAUCAUCAUCAUCAUCCGUCCCUUCGUCGCAUGCCAGCCUCCACUCGAUUUCCACAUCUUCCUCCUCGUCCUCUUCAUCUUCUUGCACUUCUUCCUCUUCCUCCUCCCUUCCUACACCCCCUCAUCAUUUGGCCAGUCCCGGGCUAUUGACGCCAGGCGACGCCCGUUCCGAAACUCCCGAUUGCCCUUCUCCUUUACCCUCUCCUCCUCCCAGUCUCUUGUCACCUAUCCACACUACUAAUGUUGCCACUACCACCGUCAGCUCCGCUACCGGUUCUACAACCAAUUUGCAACAACAACAACAGCAGCACUUGCUAUUUUCGACUUCUCACUUACCCACUAGUUACAUUGGUUGA